UUGAAGGUAAAAUGAGGCCCAUAUUCUGUGGGAACUUCGAGUUUGAUGCAAGACAGGGUGAACUGGAGCGUCUCUUUAGAAAAUAUGGAAAAGUUGAUCGGGUGGAUAUGAAGUCUGGAUUUCUCCGACUACACCUGGCUGAUGGAUGAUCAUUCGCAUUCCAUUUCCAGGCCAUGACGGGCUUCCUCUUCUUCUUUCUGAGAAGAGCCAUUCCGAUUCCGAUUCCGAUUCCGAUCCAUCAUGAUCAUCAUCACCAUCACACAUUCACCACAGACAUUGUUGCCUUUCAUUCCACGUUGUCACUUUCAGACACAUUACCAGCUAGAAAUCAGAGGCAAAACAGAAUAGAUGGUGAAGGCACCUUUUUUACUAAUUCUGCCAUGAGACAUCUGACAUCCACAUCCAUCCAUCCAAUCAUCCAAUCAUCCAAUCCAUCCUUGGAUUCUAGUUCCAUGACAUCUCUUAGUUCAUUUGCACAAGGGUUUGCUUUUGUCUAUAUGGAGGAUGAAAGAGAUGCUGAAGAUGCAAUUCGUGCACUUGAUCGCUAUGAAUUUGGUAGGAAAGGACGCCGACUUCGUGUUGAGUGGACAAAGCAAGAACGCAACGUGAGACAGCCUGCAAGUUCAAGAAAAUCUUCAUCCAAUUCACGUCCAUCGAAAACCCUUUUUGUAAUCAAUUUUGAUCCGUAUAACACCAGGACAAGGGACCUCGAGAGGCACUUUGAUCCUUAUGGCAAGAUUCUCAACAUAAGGAUCAGAAGAAAUUUCGCCUUCAUACAAUUCGAGUUACAAGAAGAUGCCACCAAAGCCCUUGAAGCCACAAACAUGAGCAAGCUGAUGGACCGUGUUAUUUCCGUUGAAUACGCGAUUAAAGACGAUGACGAUAGGAGAAACGGGAGUAGCCCGGGUCGUGACAGGUCGCCACGUAGGCGAGGUGAUGACAGACGGUCACCGAGUCCAUAUAGGAGAGAGCGGGGCAGCCCGGAUUAUGGGCGUGGACGUGGUCGCAGCCCGAGCCCACACCGUAGGGACCGCGGGAGCCCCGAUUAUGGCCGUGGAGCGAGCCCUGCUUUGAACGGUGCGAGCCGCCGAGACCCGAGUGCGAGCCCAGUGGGCCGGAAAGCGAGCCGGAGCCGGAGUCCUCGUAGAGAAAGGGAAAGGGAAAGAGAAAGAGAAAGGAGCCCACCACCUCGCCAUAGCCGUGGGUCGGUCCCAAAGGAGCGGGUUAGCCCAGAAUAUGAACAUGGUGCUAUCGUGAGCCCCAGAAGUGAAGGGCGGAUCAGCCCUGAUGAUUCACCCCGUGAACCGAGCCCGGAUGCUAAGCGUGAGAGCCCCGGUUACAGUGGAGCUGAAAGCCCACCAGAUCGGUACCGCAGUAGAUCACCGGGGGCUAGGGAGAGGUCUCGAUCCUGAUUGGACUCUCAACAGAAUGAGAAAUGUAACGGGAUUUGGGUUUGGAUUUGAAUUUUAGAAAAAAAAAAAAAACGAAGAAUGUAAUGAAUGGAUUUGUAGUGAAAGCUGGUGAGUGUGAGACCUUAUAAUCUAGAAUUUUGUAUUUGUUUGGAUGUUUUACAUUUAAUCAAUUGUAUUACAGUCUGUUCGAACA